AUGCCCAAGGCUGCUCGCAGGGACCACAGCGCCCUUCAGAUUCCAUGUGGGUACUUGAAAUGUGAACGCUACUUCAAGACUCAGGCAGGGCGCAAAAAGCAUUGGAAUGCUUCGCACCCAACAUUCAUAUCAGCUCCUACCACCAGCGUCUCGCAUACUGCUACAGUCGAAGAUGAGCCCGAAGAACCACACAACGACUUCCUCGCAGGACAUGAUGACUUCUCCGCAGGCUUAUCUGACGCGGGUCAGGCUCUCGAUGAGCCUGAUAAUCUGGACACACAGUUUGUGGGGCCAGGUGAUAGAUUAUACCGCAACUAUCACCCAAAACUAAACGCUCGUCCUUGUGAUGCGACAGGUCAAUUCCUUGAAGACGGAGCAUCCCCAACGCCACCUCCAAGCAAAUCGCCUGAUGACUGGACUCCAUACCGGGAUCGCGUCGAAUUCGAGACUGCUGAAUUCCUGUACACGCGCAACCAGAUGUCUGCCGGGGACAUCAACGUCUUAUUGGAUCUUUGGGCUGCAACCCUCCUGAAACAUAACGACAAACCGCCAUUUGCGGACUGCCGUGAUCUACAUAAAACCAUUGACAGUACACCGGUGGGUGAUGUCAAAUGGCAAUCUUUCAGGGUCCAGUACACGGGGGAGAAGCCGGAACACAAUGUACCACCGUGGAUGGGUCAAUGUCACGACGUUUGGUAUCGAGACCCCCAUGAGGUCGUUCGAAACAUGUUGGCAAACCCUGACUAUGCCACGGAGAUGGACUACCAGCCCUACCGUGAGUUCUCGACUGACGACAAUGAACGCCAAUGGCAGGACUUCAUGUCCGGCGACUGGGCCUGGAACCAAGCGGAUAUUAUUUCCAAAGAUCCGGAUACAACUGGCUCGACCUUUGUUCCGGUUAUACUGGGAAGCGACAAGACGACCGUUUCAGUGGCAACUGGCGCCAACGAUUACUAUCCGCUGUAUGUAUCAAUCGGCAAUGUUCGUAAUAAUGUCCGACGUGCACAUCGUGACGCUGUUGCCAUCAUUGGCUUCCUAGCUAUGCCAAAAAACCCCGCCAUGACCAAACCAGAGGUUGUGCGCUUUGGUGACGGGCACUAUCGGCGUGUAAUCUAUGGGCUUGGGCCCUACAUUGCCGAUUAUGAAGAGCAGGUUCUAUUGGCGUGUAUAGUGCGCUCUUGGUGUCCAAGGUGUAUGUCACACCGCAAAAAUUUGGACUCUGAGUCGUUGUGUCGCAAUCGUGACCAUACCAAAGCACUCGUUGAAGAAGUAACAUCUACUGAUCUGUGGGACGAGUAUGGGAUCAUCAAUGACCUCGUCCCAUUUACAAAUGACUUCCCUCGAGCUGAUAUUCAUGAACUUAUCGCACCGGACCUCCUACAUCAAUUGAUUAAAGGGACCUUCAAGGAUCAUUUAGUUGAGUGGGUUGGAAAGUAUCUGCUCCACGUGCAUGGAAAGAAAGGAGCGGAAAAAAUUCAAGACGAUAUAGAUCGAAGAAUCGCUGCAGUUGCUUCAUUCUCAGGUCUUCGACGUUUUCCACAAGGUCGAGGAUUCAAACAAUGGACCGGCGAUGAUUCGAAAGCGCUUAUGAAGGUUUAUCUACCCGCCAUUGAAGGUCACGUCCCAGUGGAUGUCGUGCGCACAUUUCGUGCAUUUCUUGAAUUCUGCUAUCUCGUAUGGCGUAAUAUCAUCACAGAAUCCACACUGGUUCAAAUCCAGGAUGCUCUCAACCGAUUCCAUCAUUACAGGAAGAUCUUUGAGUCCACUGGUAUUGUUCUCACAUUCUCCCUCCCUCGACAACACUCUUGUUCCCAUUACAUCCUCCUGAUCCGACUGUUUGGCGCACCUAAUGGCCUUUGUUCCUCGAUUACCGAGACAAAGCACAUCAAAGCCGUAAAGGAACCAUGGAGGCGCUCAAGUCGCUACAAAGCCCUUGGUCAAAUGCUGGUGACAAACCAGCGCCUUGAUAAACUUGCAGCCUCGCGCAUUGAUUUCAAGAGCCGUGGGAUGCUGAAUGGCACUUGUCUGUCAGAAACACUUCGAGCAUUAAAACGCAAUCGCGCACGAACUGUACCUGACUUAUCUGUGGAACUCACUAUCCCCCAUCUUUACAACCUCCUCCGCCGAUUUCUAUUCGAACAAGUUAACCCAGAUGACCAGCGGUCUCCCUUUGAAGUCCCACUUGCAAGCUGUCCUCGAUUCGAUGGCAAGAUUCAAGUCUUCAACUCCGCAUCUUCGACAUUCUAUGCACCUAGCGACCGCAGCGGGAUUGGUGGCAUGCGCCGUGAGCACAUUCGUGCUUGUCCUCUUUGGAGAAACGAGGCACCGCGAUAUGACUGCGUGUUUGUGAACACAGAUGCAAGUGUCGAAGGGAUGGGGGGGAUGGAAAUAGCACGAGUGAUGUGUUUUUUCUCUUUGACAUUCGAGGCAGUUUCAUACCCAUGCGCUGUGGUGCGUUGGUUCGACAAAGCCGAUGAUAGGCCCGACGAGGACACUGGGAUGUGGGUAGUGCGACCUUCGUAUGAUGCUGACCAUUCUCCAUCAGUUGGAAUCGUCCACAUUGAUUCUAUUUAUCGCGCUGCACACCUCAUCCCAAUCUAUGGAACACAUACCAUCCCACAGGACUUCAAACACUAUGACUCGUAUGAUGCUUUCAGAGCAUUCUAUAUAAACAAGUUUGCAGAUCAUCAUGCAUUUGAGAUCGCAUCUCAGGUAGGACUGUUUGACUCGGACUCAAAUAAUUACUGA